GUCAAUGGCAUGUGAGCUCAGCUUUUACAUUACAAGAGUAACAAGACACAUAAAUGGUGGCACUUGCUCUCACUAUAAGUGAUCAAGUUCCACGCAAAACUCCACAAAAGCCACCUUUGAUUCAACAAAUCAACACCCAAUAAUCAAAAUCCUUUUUUUUUUACCCCUUCUUUUUAUUUUUUCCUAUAUAGACCAAUUUCCUAAUUCCGAACCUUACUUGAUCUAACAGAAUAAUCCCUCUGAUGAUGGAUACUAAUGAGUGGGUACUCCUUUCUGAUGACGAUGGCUUUUUUGACACCAAUGAAGAUGGUGAUGAGAAGCAGAUUUUCUCGGGGAAAAGAAACCCAGAUUCAAAAAGUGUUAUUGACAUGAAUUACUUCUGCAGCUCACCAAAAUCAAGAAAAACCUCUGAAGAAGCAUCAAGGAAUUUUCAUCCAAGGGUAGCUACACAUGUUGUCCAUGUUCCAAUUCAAUUGGAACCAAGAAUUGGGAAGGUCCCAGACGAAGGGUUAGUGGAAGAAAACACUAGGGAUCAUGAUGGAGUCACUAUUGUCCCAUCACCACCCACCACCACUGAGAAAACCAAAGGAACUAUUGUGGAAGCUGAUCAAGACACCGUUGCAAAUGUUGUCUUCAAGAUCAAGGAAAUGGAGUCUCCAAAGUCCGGUGAUAAAGGAUUGUUCCCUCCACUUGAUGCAGGUGCUUUGAAAUUUGAGGACAAUGGUGAGGCACAAGAGAUCAUGGCCUCUCCUAGAAUGGUUAUUGUGGACAAAGAAGUGGAGGACUCUAGUGGCGGCUUUAACUUUUGGAAGUGGAGCUUAAGUGGUGUUGGAGCUAUUUGCUCAUUUGGGGUUGCUGCUGCUACAAUCUGUGUCUUGUUUUUCGGAAGCCAGCAAAAGAACAGAGUCCACCAGGACCAGAAGAUUCGCUUCCAGAUCUACACUGAUGACAAGAGGAUUAAGCAAGUGGUAGAGCAUGCAACCAAAUUGAAUGAAGCAAUUUCAGCAGUGAGUGGUGUUCCUCUUAGUAGAGCUCGCAUAACCUGUGGUGGUUACUACGAUGGUCUUUGAUUGAGGCAUUGAUUGAGGGAACUUUUGAGUAUCAAAUUGGGUCAACGAUGCGGCAAAAAAAUGUUCUAUUCUGGUCUAUCAUAUAGUUUUUUCUUGUAAAAAACAAAAUAACGAGGUAUGGUGUCUUCUGUCUCGUAAAUUAAGGGGUCUAUUUUUAUUUUU